CCGCCGUUGUGUGCAGCUGGGGGCAUCGCAUUUCACAUCUGGAGAAAGCAGAUGUUGCGCUUCUUUUUUUUUUGGCGCUCCCGCUGCAUUUCCGAGCUUGUCAUUGUUUCCGCUUCCACCUCAGAGAAGCCUCACGCCUCCUCAUAUCUCAUUUGAGUGUUUGUGUGUGUGCGUGUGUUAAUUUUUCACUAAAAUCGCUGCAGUACUUGUAGUUUGAGCAGCCCGGAGCUCGAGGAGAGUUUUUCUUUUCAUAACAAUGGGGGACAUCGAGGCUCCCAGCUCGAACCGGCCGCCCCAGACUGUCCUGAAGUCUAUUCUUCCCAGCAAAGAGUUCGUCACAUCCAGGAAAGGAAUGCUGCUUAUUGCUGAAGUGGGUCUGUCCUUUAUAUCAUUCGUGUGCUUCGCUGGAUCCUCGGCAGCAGCAUUCGUGACCGUCCCCCUGCUGGCAUUCCUGGCUUCUCUCUUCUUGCUGUUUGGUUACUCCACCAAAUUCAACGAGAGGUUUAAAGGUUUCUGCUGGCCUCUAACGGAUUUCAUUAGAUGCGUGACUGCCUCCAUUAUCUUUUUCAUCAUCUCAAUAAUGGCAGUGUCCAGAUACUCAGACGGUUCCUCAAAGGCUGCUGGGAUAUUUGGGUUCAUCGCCACCAUUGUUUUUGCCGUAGAUUUUUAUUUCAUUUUUAAUGAGCUGGCCAGUUUCUUGAAGCAAGGAGGGGAGUCCAACGAGGAACCGUCAAGACAGCAAGAUGAAUUUUCAGACUCUGACUCAGACUGAAACUGUGGGGAUCUUUGGCAGAAGAUGUGUGAUCAUGCAGUCUAUUCCUUUGUGGUAAAAAUCAACACUGCCGAGCAGAUAUUUGCAAACACCUGCCUGGUUUUUGUGCAACAGAGUUACAGAAGGACACUGUGUAUCAAGGUCAGACUCAUUGUUGGUCAGUUUCAAGUCGCCGAACACGAACAAAGAAGGUUUUAGUGCAAUUCACACAUUAGAAAAAAUACUUUUUAAACUGACGCAUCAAACACGCCAGCCUUCUGUUUUAUUGGUUGUUACACAAAGUUUAUAAAAUAUGUUCUUUUCUUUUUUCAUGUUCAAGUUUACUUCCAGUGUCUUAGAUCAUUUGCCAAAAAUGUAAGAGCUACUAUCACUCCAACACUUUCCUGAAGCUGUGAAACUGUUUCUGCUCAUGUUAUGGAGAAGCAGUUAUUAACAUCAAAAUGUGCGUGCAUUAUGUCUAAAUCAGGGGAAAAUGCUCUAGCCCUGUUUACAUGUUUGCACACUAGAACACUGCAAAAUGCCUUAUUGAAUAAAUGUUUACCAAUGUACUAAUAAUGUAAUGAUGCUGUAACAGGAAUUCAGACCAGGAGGCCUGCUUAAUUAUCCUUUAUUAAAUUGACAGCAUUAUGUUUAUAA